UAGUGACUGCUAUGAAAACGUGCUGUGAUGUCAUUUGUAGUAAACAUGUUACUUAAUAAAAUACAAUCUCUGUUGGGAUCUAGACCCUGGACUGUAAAAUACAAUUCACAUUUCAAAAAUCGUUUUAGCUAACAAGUACAAGAAUGUAUGGUGCGUGUGUGUUUAAAACCUUCGAAACAGUUCGGCAUUUAGCACGAAGUACGGUUACAAAUUUUCGAAAUUUGGCUGCAGUUUCAUCUUCAAAGGCACAGACUGCAGCAAAGUUUAAAUGGGAAGAUCCCUUGAACUUGGAGUCGCAGUUGACGCAGGAUGAAAUUAUGAUGCGUGAUUCAUUUAAUUCCUUCUGUGAAGAGAAACUUAUGCCUCGAGUGUUGUUGGCUCAUCGUAAUGAGGUAUUCCACCGUGAGAUCAUGAAUGAGUUGGGAGCAGUGGGUGCCCUGGGUUGCACUAUACGUGGCUAUGGCUGUGCUGGUGUAUCGUAUGUAACAUACGGUCUUCUGGCUCGUGAACUGGAGCGUGUUGACAGCAGUUACCGUUCAGUAUUUAGUGUCCAGUCCUCGUUGGUUAUGCAUGCUAUUGAUGCAUAUGGCUCUCCUGAACAGAAGGAAAAAUACCUCCCAAAACUUGCCCGUGGAGAAUUGGUAGGGUGCUUUGGUCUAACAGAGCCAAACCAUGGGAGUGAUCCUAGAGGCAUGGAGACAAAAGCCAAGUAUAAUGCAGCAAACAAAUGCUACAUUUUGAAUGGUAGCAAAACAUGGAUUACAAAUGCACCCAUCGCAGAUAUCUGCAUCAUCUGGGCAGUUUGUGAAGAUGAUAAAGUGAGAGGUUUUAUUGUGGAUAGAAAGUCAAAAGGAUUAGAGACUCCCAGAAUUGAAGGAAAAUUCUCUUUACGUAUAUCAAGCACAGGAAUGGUCCAUAUGGAUGAUGUGGAAAUACCUGAAGAAAACCUCCUGCCUAAUGUAGAGGGUCUGAAGGGUCCCUUUGGCUGCCUGAAUAAUGCACGAUACGGUAUCGCAUGGGGAGCCCUAGGGGCUGCAGAGUUCUGUUUGAAAAUGGCUCGUCAAUACACACUAGACCGCAGCCAGUUUGAUAGACCACUUGCAGCCAAUCAACUGAUACAGAAGAAACUUGCUGACAUGAUUCAGGAGAUCAGUAUUGGACUACAAGCUUGUCUUCAUGUUGGUCGACUGAAGGAGAAAAACAUGGUAACACCAGAGAUGCUCUCCAUUUUAAAACGAAAUUCAGCUGGCAAGGCUUUGGAAAUUGCACGAACAGCUCGUGAUAUGCUGGGAGGAAAUGGCAUUUCAGAUGAAUAUCAUGUAAUUCGCCAUGCCAUGAACCUUGAAUCAGUCAAUACUUAUGAAGGUACACAUGACAUUCAUGCAUUGGUACUCGGAAGGGCCAUCACUGGAAUAUCGGCAUUCAGUUGAACUGCCUUUUGAUCUCUCAAGAUAAGCUAUGUACCUGCUUUUAUAAUGCAAUCAACUGUUGAAUUACAUUUGUUUCCACAAAAA